AUGUCUUCAGCAGCUAGAACCGUAGCCCUCCGACGUCUCGAAAUCAUCGCCUUUCCGCCAGCCUUCGUCCUCCUCCUCGCUCACGGCAUAGCAUCCGAGCGAGCCUUCCCAGCCCUGGGUGUCCUCCCGCUAGCCGCCUCGGCCGUCCUCGGCCUCUUCGUCCUGAACCGCGAUGCCCUCGCCGCCGUCGGUUCCCCGAUCCAGGCUCUUUCCGAGUCCAACAUCUUCUGGGCCGAUUGCCUCCUCACGGUCUUCCACCUCUCGCUCCUGAUUCCGAGCUGGAUUCUUUUGACGGAUACGAGGCAUAAACCCCUCCUUGUGCUGGGGACGUACUGCACUGUGUUCAUGAUGUUUGACUUGAGCGUCCAUCUGUACAUUGUCUUGCCGCAGGCCGUUCACCUUCUUAUCAGCCGCAGCUGCGAUUGCCCUCACUGCCGGAGCGUCACCAAGACGGGCUACUUUUCGUCUACUGUUUCCGAAUAUACGCCACUUAGCGACAGUGAUGGGGAGACCGAGCCUGAGAUUGCAGCCCGAGAUAUUGAAGAGGGCAGCGGGGUUUCUCGCCUUUGA